CCCGCCUCUCCGCCUACUCCAGCCUCCGCCGCCUCAGCUUCCCGAGCGAGCCCUGCGGCCGCCGGAGCAGCUCCCGCGGCGGAGCAGGAGCCGGAUGGUCAGAGGAGCCCGGCAGCCCCAGCAGCCGAGGAGUCGCCUGGCCCCCAGACUGACUGGCACGGUGGAGAAACCACCUCGAAAACGGAAAAGCAGGACUGAAUUUGCUCUUAAAGAAAUCAUGUCCUCUGGAGGUGCUGAAGAUGAUAUCCCACAGGGAGAGAGGAAAACAGUCACAGACUUUUGUUACCUUCUGGAUAAAUCUAAGCAACUGUUCAACGGAUUAAGAGAUUUGCCACAAUAUGGGCAGAAGCAGUGGCAGUCCUAUUUUGGAAGAACUUUUGAUGUUUACACCAAACUCUGGAAGUUCCAGCAGCAGCAUCGACAAGUCUUGGAUAAUCGGUAUGGCUUGAAGCGGUGGCAAAUAGGGGAAAUUGCUUCUAAGAUUGGGCAGCUAUACUACCAUUAUUACCUACGCACAUCUGAGACCAGCUAUCUGAAUGAGGCUUUCUCCUUCUAUUCUGCAAUCAGACAGAGAUCAUAUUAUUCUCAAGUCAAUAAAGAGGACAGACCUGAGUUGGUCGUUAAGAAGCUUCGAUACUAUGCAAGAUUUAUUGUAGUUUGUCUUCUUCUCAACAAAAUGGAUGUUGUGAAGGAUUUGGUGAAGGAAUUGUCAGAUGAAAUUGAAGAUUAUACUCACCGCUUCAAUACGGAAGAUCAAGUGGAAUGGAACUUGGUGCUUCAAGAAGUAGCAGCUUUCAUUGAGGCGGACCCCGUAAUGGUAUUGAAUGAUGAUAAUACCAUUGUUAUCACAUCUAAUCGCCUUGCAGAGACAGGAGCACCAUUGCUGGAACAGGGCAUGAUUGUGGGACAGUUGUCUCUGGCUGAUGCGCUCAUUAUUGGUAAUUGUAAUAACCAGGUUAAGUUUAGUGAGCUGACUGUCGACAUGUUCCGGAUGUUACAAGCCCUGGAAAGGGAGCCAAUGAAUUUAGCUUCCCAGAUGAAUAAACCAGGAAUGCAGGAAUCAGCUGAUAAACCUACCAGACGAGAAAACCCCCACAAGUAUCUGCUCUACAAACCAACCUUCAGCCAACUCUACACGUUCUUAGCAGCAUCUUUUAAGGAGCUGCCUGCCAAUAGUGUACUUCUGAUUUACCUGUCAGCCACUGGCGUUUUCCCCACAGGUCGUUCUGAUAGUGAAGGUCCUUAUGAUUUUGGCGGAGUACUUACUAAUAGUAACCGGGAUAUUAUAAAUGGAGAUGCCAUCCACAAACGAAAUCAGUCCCACAAGGAGAUGCACUGCCUUCAUCCUGGAGACCUCUAUCCUUUCACAAGGAAGCCACUGUUUAUUAUCGUGGAUUCAUCCAACAGCGUUGCAUACAAGAAUUUCACAAACUUAUUUGGACAGCCACUAGUCUGCUUGCUUUCUCCUACAGCGUAUCCAAAGGCUUUACAAGAUCAAUCUCAACGAGGUAGCCUCUUCACUCUCUUUUUGAACAAUCCUCUAAUGGCCUUCCUAUUUGUCUCUGGAUUGUCAAGCAUGCGCAGAGGCCUAUGGGAAAAGUGUCAAGAAUAUCUUCGAAAAAUCAACCGCGAUAUUGCCCAGCUACUGACCCAUUCACGUUCAAUAGAUCAGGCAUUUCUCCAGUUUUUUGGAGAUGAGUUUCUUCGCUUGCUCCUCACAAGAUUUAUCUUUUGUUCAGCCACCAUGAGGAUGCACAAGAUUUUUCGGGAAACGCGAAAUUAUCCAGAAUCAUACCCACAACUGCCGAGGGAUGAAACAGUGGAAAACCCUCAUCUCCAGAAGCACAUUCUGGAAUUAGCGUCCAUUCUGGAUGUUCGAAACGUGUUCCUCGAGAGUACCAUAGAUGACUAUUAAAACAAAAACCCUCUUGUUGAAACAAUUUUUCAUUUGCCACAGAUUUUACAUGGUGCAGUUUUAUAAUGUGAUGACAGACACAUAGUGGUGUUACUUAGUUUUAAUUUUUUUAAUUUAAGGCCACCAUUUUAAAAACAAACAAAAAAUUGUUCAAACUUUUAGGGUAACCGUUUUAAAAUACAGUCUUUCAAGUCUUUUAAAAAACUCAAUUAAUCUUGGAAUUUUUACUUUUCAGUUUUGAGGUACAGCUGCUUACCUCCAACAUUUAACCCUACACACAAACAGUCACUGUUCUCACCCUCAGAAGAGUAAAUCAUUUAUUUUUAUAUAAUGAGGAAAAUCCAGCUCUUGUACUUGGACCUUAAAUGUGUGGAUUUAGGAAAUAUCUCAUUGUUCACAAAGAUGAAACUAGCCAGCAUGGACUAUUAAAAAUCAAGAACAGAGUCUUUCCAUAAUAUUUCUUUUCAUUCCAACUUAGUAGGGUAGUCAAAUGUAUGAUUCUUUGAAGAAUAAUCGAGGUAAUUUUUGAAAUCAUUUAAUUCAUUAAAUACUGUCACAAUUUCGGAAACUGUAUAGGAUCGAUUUGCAUCUUAAAUUUUUAAUUGGAGUCUUAAGAUGAUAAAUAUCACUUGGAAUGUGUGAUCCCUGUGUUAUCAUGAGCUAUGCUGGCAUAUUUUGUUUUCUUUGUAAUCUGAAUACUGGAAAUGACAAAAAGUAUUUCAGUCAGAAAAUCAGAUUGUUGGUUUCAUAAUACGAUUUUUCCAUGAGGAAUUCUAUUUAAAUUCUUAAUUCACGAUAUCAGGUUUAAAGAUUAUCCAGAUUGAAGGCUGUGGCAUAUAGUACAGAGUUUAUAAUCUUUUUGCUUAGUUCACAUUUAUGAAACUUCAAAGUCAGAGAUGUCAGUAAUUUUAGUUGGGGGCAACUGAAUUGUUUAGCUUAAAAUGGAAGUAACUUUUGCUUUGACAAUUUGGAAAUAAGAUUUUUAAGAACUCCUUAUAUUUAAUAUUUUAUAUUCAUGCACAAGUUUUUUUUGUUAUUUUAAAUAGGACUCCAUAUAUAAUACAAAGAUUUUUUGUUCUUUCUUCUCUGUCAUCCCUUUCAUAAUUUCAUACGCAUUAGCUAUGAUGUUUUGGAUUUUUUCCCCCUUCUUUUGACUCGACAGCAUUCAAGUUCCGAAAUCUAUGAAUCAAAAGCCCUUCUACCUAAUUUUCUCUUCAGGCUCACAUGCUACCUCUGGCAGUUCCAGGGGACAUAAGGUGAUUGCUUUUGGUGCCUCUUUCCUGUGUCCUUAGGGAAAUUUUACUGUAAUAUUUUUAGCUUGGUUUUCAUUUCAGGCAUAGGAAAUUAUUUGGGUCUAACUUAUUCAUAUACCUGUUCCAAUUUGAUGACUUUUUUCAUCUGAAAUCUUGAAAUCGUUGUUCUUAGGUUUGGGGGACUUUGUGAUAUUUCAUUAGUUUUUUCUCAUUGUUUUUGUUUGUUCUUUUAAACAUUAUUUCAGAAAGCUUUAGAAAACUUAUCCUGGAGGGAGAUUUCCUUUGCCCAUUGGGUUGUUUUUCUUUAUCAGAUAAAGACUUUUUCCCAUUUUUCAGUACCUUAAUAAACUUAAUAGCUUUCCUUCCAUAACAGUGUUCACCUGGAUUACAGCAAUAGACUGACCUCUUGUUUCAAUUCCCCUGAAGUCCUGUGCCAGUAACAUACCUAACACCACGUACUUUUCUGACUUCUGAUGCUUAAAAUAGUAUUUAUCCUCCUGAGCUUUAUUCUUACCUGUUUUUAGCAGAAAGAACACUGAUCUGAGAACUAGGAGACCUGAGUUCUUGUCCUGGCUUUCUUGGUAACUAGCUUUAUGCCCUUUGACAAGUGUCUUCAUGUUUCUGUUUUAUAGUAUUCUCAUCUAUAAAGCAAAGACAUUGACCCAAGGUCCUAUUCAGUUCUCUGGUUCUGUAAUUAAAAUUUGGAUUCCAAAUAAUUCAUUUCCCUACCCCUGACACCUGGAAAACUAGUUUCUGUGAUUUUAGCAUAAACAUUUUCUUUUCUAAGUCAUAUUUAACUUGUCUUUAUUCAUGAAAGUAUUUGGGUCUCAGUUAAUGUAAAAACUAAUCUCUUGAAGAAAUUAGAGCUUUUGCAAUUAGAAACAUGUUUGUCCAAGAACAAGGGGUCUUAGAAAUCACAAGUUUAGAUGAUGACAUUGUUUCUUGAGCUGAUAGUAAUUUCCUAUUGGUAGUUAAAAAUCUAAAGUGAGCCAAAAUGAUCUUGAAUCUUCAAAAGAGGAAAACUGUGCCAGAAAAUUCUAAACCGUUGUUUCAUUCAUGCCUUCAAAAGAACAUGGUACUGAACAACAGCUAGACUCCAGAUUUUGGUCUAGGCAUUGGGAAAGCAAACAAAUCAGGUUUAAAAUUCCUUGUCUUCAUGAAGUUUACAUUUUAGGAGGAGAAGCCAGGCAAUAAACAUAAUAAGUAAGUAAAUUUAUAUUAGACAGUUAUAAGUAGUAUGAGGAAAAUUUGAGCAUGGUAAGGGAAACGAUUCAAUUGUUUCUGGACGAACAGUGUCUGAGUGAUCAGGGUAGGCCUUAUUGAGAUUACAUUUGUGCAAACACUUCAUGUUUUUUUUUUUUACACUUUUUAUUGUGAAAACUUUAGGCAAACUUAGAAUUUAGCAAAUUGUUUUAUACCCAUCACCCAGCUUCUACAUUUUAAGACAUUACUUUAAUCAAGGAAAAAGAAAUAUAAAAGGACAAUCACCUAUAGACGAUGGCAAAUAAUCUCUUUUUCAAUGCAUACUGCUCCCCUUUAUAAAUAUAAAAAUAUUAAGCCCUUUAUUUAAUUUUAGAAUUCAUAGAAAUUUAAACAUUGGAACUAAGAAUAAAGCAAAGCAAUGGGAAAAAGCACUUCUUUGUUUUCAAAUUGCACAAACUCCCCCUGGAGAUUCUGAUAGUCUCUCACCUCCCUUAAGAAUCACUGCAAACGAAACAAAGCGUAAGAUUGUGAGAAGUCACUUACAUACAAAACAAUGUUAAGCACAACGGAAUUAUUUUCUCUUUCAUUAAUUAUGUAUUUCUGAAGUUGGUAAAGCAGCUAAUUUAUCUCUUUCUCAGAAGAGAAAUCUGAGACCCCCAAAAACUAUAGGUCUAUUCAUAGUGGCAGAGCUAGAGCUGAAACUCAAAUCUCCUAACCUCAGCCCAGUCUUACUAGUAGCUCAGGUUGAUUUCUAUAAUGAACAAGAAAAGAAUAAUUAGAGAUUUAUAUUUUGGCACAAAAGGUUAUGGUAUUUUAAAAUUAUAUCAAAUAUUGAAACCAGGAAAUCAGUCAUCCCUAGCAAAUUUUUAUUAAUUAUAAGAAAUCCCCAAGCCAAACAAUUUAGUCUUGAUUCUAGCCAGGAUAUAUUUUUUGUAUGUGUGUGUGUGUGUUUUCCUCCUAGGAAGUGGUGCUCUCAAAACCUCUCAAAGCACAUAGAAUUUAUUGUACCCUUUAUAUUUUUACCAAGUUGAAAUGUUUUGAGAUUAUAGAAGCAAAGUGCAAUCUAGUCGUGGCUGAAAUUUUCCUGAUACAGGAUCUGGGUUUUCUUUUUUUCCUUACUUGUGGCUACUGCCCCUUAUUUUCUUCUUGUAAUAGAAUUCUCUGAAACAGAUUAGGUGGCAAUUGUACUGAGUUUCAUUGAGGAAAAAGCAUCCAAUCUGAUUCAUAUAGCAAUUGUGGGGUUUUCUUUAGCUUUCUUCUCCAACUUGAAUCUCUGACCAGUAUGACUUCGUAACUUUGUCUCUUAGAAGGGAUUUGGACUCGGUUGAAAAAUCUUGUAGUAAUCCACGGGGACUUGUAAUCAGCCUGAUAUAUACAGAACAUUCUGGACUGGAAAUAGAGUAAGGUGCCAAGGUGUGUAGACUUGGCUAGUGCCAGUGAUUCAGAACCACCUCCCUACCCUAAGUGAGUAAAAAGAUUUGAUACGAAUAUGAAUGGUAUGAAUCUCCUGGUGAUAUUUUGGGUGUGUAUGUUGCUGUGUGUGUUUGGAGAGUAUAAAGGGUAUUUACAUUGAGGGCUCUUUUGUUGACCUUAUUUAUUUGAAAAUCCUAUUUUAUUUGUAAUCGCAUGUGUAUAUUUUUGUGAUGCUAAAUGCAAUCUCUGUGUAUACUUUUUUGUAUAUAUGUACAUAUUUGUAAAUAUAUUGGUAUGCAGUGAUACAGUAUGUGUAUAUUAUAUACCCAUACCCAUUGUGGGCUGAAUUUAUUUAAGUUCUGUGAGGACAUCAUAGUGGCAUUGUUCAUGCUGCUGUAAUUAGGUUGUGGCUGUAUCUCAUUCAUGAGCCUCUAUUUUGAGGGGCUUGUGUUUGGGUAAAAUUGGCUAAUUUGGAGUUGGAAUUAGGAUAUGAAAACCUUAAAAGAAAGCAGGAUAUUCUUAGCUUUAAAUCAUCUGCCAAUUUCCAUUUAAACUGAGGACAAAUUAGUGAUAUAAACCUGAAAAACCUUAGUGUGUGAAAUGGAGACACCAGCAGGUUCUUAAGCUAUAUUAGUCCUUUAUUUUCUUGACCCAUAGUUGAGUAUUAUUACUGAGUAGUAUUUAUAUUAAGAAUUAAGGGGCUGUGGAAAAAUGACUUUGAUCACAUUUCAAGAUAGAUAGGAAACUGUCCUUUAAAUUGAGAGAUUUGUUUUAUAGUUGCCAUGCCCAUACCUGAUGCUAAAUUUUAAUUUUGGAACAGUUUUUUCACCAAUGUGUCUCAUUUUAUAUCUGUCUCUGUGAGGCAGAGAAAGGGGCAUUAUUAGCAAGGGGAAGGCUUUACCUCGGUGGGGUGGGAUUUAAUAAGGAACAGGAGAGUAUUAAUCUGUAUAUUUGCAGCAGCUGUGAUUAAUUUAGUCCUGUCUUGGCAUUUCUUACUCUAGAUUUUCCUUAUCAGAGCUGCAUAUCAGAGAUGAGUAGGCUCAUCUGAGGAAAUGGCUUUCAGUGAAUAAAAUGCCUCCAGUCGUAUUUCUUUGUCUCUAUGAGACCACUUGUGUUCUGCAAAUUGAUGAUAUAUUCACACAUGAAAUAGGAGUCUUAAUAUUAGAUGCAUGGCGUGCUAUAAAAUCUGGGCCUCCAAACCGCUACCAAGGAUGAUGGGGGUGGGAGGGGCGGGGGGAUAUCCUCUUAGACGAUAGUAAAUAUGUGCAGUGCCAACAUGUGAACCUAUGGAAUAUCAUAGACCAUCGAUUCUCAGUUACUCCUGUCUUCACCUGGCAUGUAUAUUUGCAUGGAAGAGUGUGGGAGAUGUUUAAUACACACUUGAAUACAUUCACCGCAAAAAUUAAGUAGAGGUUAUUUUUGCAUGAUAAAAUAUAACUGCAAAACAACUGUUUGCUCCAUUAUUUUUCAGAGACUGAAUCUGAUAUAAUAUUAAAUUUUCU